ACCGAACCGCCUCACAUUGACUACCCAUCGUGAAAAUGUCAAUUUGUUGUCACGGUUAUCGCCGGAAACAAACAGAAAAUGCCAGAUAGUACCAAACGGAAGUAUCCGCGUUCAAAAUGGCACAAAAUCUCAAGGUGUAGCAGUGUUUCUUGACAGAAAUGAUACAAAACCCUGACAACAUAUCCAACAGAUAGAAUUAGUCGGGAGAUCGUGGAUUGGGUCGAUAAGUAGUGAAAAUGGGCAGCGCCUCGUCCAAAUUUAAAAAAUAUAUCCAACACGGGGACGAGUUCGCAGCCAUGCAAAUUUAUCAGAACUCACCAGAGCUGAGGAAAAACCUCGAUCCAAACCUUAGCUAUGGGGAGAAUCAUAACCAUAACACUGCUCUACAUUUUGCUGCCAAACAUGGUAUGAAACAUUUGCUUCGCACGUUCCUAAACGACUUGGGUGGUAACCCGAAUAAAAAGAAUGGUUCAAACGAGACUGUGCUGCAUUGCGCCUGCCAACUCAACCAAACCAAAAGCUUUAGCGCCCAAGAACGACGUGCUGCUUGUGUCCAACUUCUUUUGUAUUGGAAAGGCGUUCCUUUAGCUACCGGGGGUCGUGAAAAAGUUGAUUUGCACGCACAAGACAAAGAAGGAAACACUGCCUUACACUGGGCUGCCAACACUGGACUAAAACGUUGCGUUGAGCUUUUAUUAGCACAUGGAGCACCACUUUUCAUUGAAAAUAAUGACAAAUUAACUCCCUGCGAUAUGGCAAUGGUCACUCAUCACGAUAUUGCUCGUCUUCUUGAAAGUAGAAUGGUUUUCGCUGACAAUACCGAUAUGGUGAAUGAAGAUGAGUUGAUGACGGAACAAGAAGAAGUAUAUAGUGGGUUAAGAAGCCAAGAUCUUCAGGAAGCUAAAGAUCAAUUAUUGGUUGAUACUUCUGAUAUGCUAAAGAUUCCUCUUUUUACAGCUGAAGCUCUUUUAAGAAAUAAUGAGUGGUCAAGAGAAGUUUUAUUAGAAAAAUGGAUGCGAGAUCCAAUCGAAUGUUGCCAAUUAGCUGGGGUACAAGCUCCAGCCUCCGUUUUACAUCAUAAUGGAUCUUUAGAUUCGUCUAGUUCACCAGAUGCUUGUGAUGAGUUUUCUUCGAGACCAGAAAUAAUGUGUGAAAUAUGUUAUUUACAAAUUAAUGAAUGGGAGCAACCCAUAAUGAUGUCCUGUAAACACGUUUUUUGUAAAACCUGCUGGGAAAGUUAUUUAACAACAAAAAUUCAAGACGGUGAUGCCCAUCACAUUCUUUGCCCGGCUUAUCAAUGUCACAUUUUAGUUCCGGUUGAACUAAUUGAAAAAUUAGUGAGUCCUGAAAUGGCACGGAGAUAUCUCCAGUUCGAUAUAAAGGCAUUCGUCGAAAGCAACAAAUCGAUAAAAUGGUGUCCGAUACCCGGCUGUGGAAGGGCUGUUCGAUUACCAGAAGCUGAGCAAACGGGGGCUGUUGUUAACAAGACAGCCCCAGUAACUUCACACGCAGUGGAUUGCGGAAACGCCCACUUUUUUUGCUGGGAAUGCCUCGGCGAAGCACAUGCUCCGUGCGGUUGUCAACAAUGGCAAGAAUGGCAAUUAAAAAUUGCCGAAGUUAAACCAGAAGAACUAAAAGCAGCUUGUAGUGGGAGUGAAGAUGCUGCUAAUUUUCUUUGGUUGGUUACGAAUUCCAAACCUUGUCCACAUUGCAAAAGUCCAAUCCAAAAGAACGAAGGAUGCAACCAUAUGAAAUGCUCUAAAUGCAAAUUUGAUUUUUGCUGGGUUUGCCAAGAAUCCUGGAAAAGACAUAGUUCAGCAACUGGUGGGUACUUCAGAUGUAAUAGAUUUGAAGCGGUUAGUAAAGCAGACGAGAAACAAGGAUCUUUAAUAUCUGAAGCACUCGACAAAAAUAAUCAGCUUCAAGAAUCAUCAAGGUUUUUACACUUUUUCACAAGAUACAAGAAUCAUGAAAACAGUCAAAAAUUAGAAGAACCAUUAUUAAACGGAGUUAGGCAAAAAAUGCAAAUUUUAGCAAAUAGUUUGGGGUUGAAAGGAACAGAUGCCGAAUCAAGUGAAAAAGGAACCAAAUUUAUUGAAGAUGGGGUUCGAGAAUUAUUAAAAGCUCGACGUGUUCUUUGUGGAUCUUACGUUUACGGUUAUUAUCUAGAAGAUGAUGGCUACAACAAAGCGAUCUUUGAAUUUAUGCAGAAUGAGUUAGAAGAGGUGACAGAAAAAUUGAGCGAGAUGAUUGCAAGGCCGUAUUUACGUACUCCAAAAACUGUAAUCGUUCAAACAACGACAUUGGCUCGGCGAAAAAGGCACGAAUUUGUUAGAGCUGUUGCCCAAGGAUUGAUUCCACCAGAAACCCCACCAUCCCAAAGAAAAGCAAAAAAGAGAAGAUACUUAGAUACCGAUUUAUCACAACCUUCAAAUUGGUUACGAGCUUGUCAAUGGCCUGAAUACGAUUCCGAUUUAGAGGAAGGAGUAGAAGUUCCUCCAAUGUUACCGUUACUUCAUCAAGAACAAUCAAGUUCUUCUCCGAGAGAUCAUCAAUGCAGCCAUUCGUACAAAAAUUUAGGAUGUACACAAACAAUUGGUUUAGGUGCUGAUUAUAACAUGGAACUUGUGAUAGCACUCGAAAUGUCGCGAUUGCAAAUGAUAGAAGAUAGCAUUAAACAAGCACAACAAGUUCGUCCAGCCAUCACUCCGGAUCCAGGGUCCAACGUUUCGAACACAAGCAACGAAAGCUCAACCGACGACCAACUAAAGUUGGCAAUUCAAUUAAGUCUGCAAGAAUCAACAGCUGCUAUCGCCAGGCAGUAUGACCAAGAAAUGGCAAAUUGUAGCAAGGGAUACGAAAAAACUAGUGCAGAUUUAACGGUUGAUUAUUUCUUAAAAUCGUUGGCAAAUAAGAAAAUAGACUUGAGAAAUUUAGAGGUAGAUGUAAAUAUGUUAGAUUGGCAUAAAAGUGAAAAAGAGUGUUUCUUUAAACCAUGUAAUGGCAACGAGGAUGGCAGAUUUCAAAUAUCAGAUAUUCACGAAAAAGGUUUCGCUUUUGGAGAUUCCGAUGAAUACGACGAUCAUGAUGUGAGGCUAAAAAGGUCGCAUUCAACUGGAGAUCUUUGUAUCAGAAAAUCUAGCCGAGGUACAAGAAUUAGACCAAGUGGUGACGAGCCGCGAUAUCAUUUAGAUUCAGAUCAUAGCAGCCAACAUGAUGAUAAACCCGAGGAUUUGACUCGAAGAAUUCUAACCUUACCAUCCAGUAAUGUACGCACAAAACAAUUUGUCCUUUUACAUCAGACUUACCCUGAAGAGGAAUCUUAUCAAGGGCAAAGCUCGGUAGAAGAUACAACCACCUCCGAUUCGAUUAAUGUAGACAUGGAGGUGUGUGGAAUUUUAGAAUCGAUCACUGAUGAUGAUAUAGGAAGUAAAGCUUUAAACGACGACGAAGGGAAAUGGUAUGUUAACGUAAUGAAAGAGAAACCAGCACAAAAACUUGAUAACAUAUCAAAACCCGAAGAUGGGAAAAAACCAAACGCUUUUGCAUCGUUGAAGGCGAAAAUUUGUUCCGCACAUUUACCAAAGACUGGUUAUCUAACCAGAAUAGCUGUUAAUAAAAGCAUCGGAUUGCUAAGCGAGAAGAAAAAAGAUGAAUUGGAAGAUAAAAACUUAGACGUGCCAAGAAGGAAUUCCGAUCACCAACCAAGAACGUCAGAUUCACUACCUCAAAAAGCUCAUCACUCUUGUAUCGGUCACCGAGCAUCAUUCUCAAAAUCAACAGGUUUUUUACUAGAUAAACAACACCUACCUUGCAAAUCCGGCAAUAAUUUACGAAUAAAAAUCUGCAAAAGCCCUGAACCCAAACACAAAUCCUACCCGUUAGAAACAGACAGUUCCAAUGAGUACGAAUCAGAAACCGGAAUUCCAAAAUCACCGACCCUAUUCAUUUCCGGAGUUUCAAUAUCGCGAACACCCGAACCUAAAUCACCAGGAAUUUGCCUGAUCGCCACCAGUAGUGGAAGACAAUCCAGAUCUUCUAGUCUAAGUAUCCCAGUUCCAUUAUCCACUUGCUCAUUGAGCAUAUCAUCCACAAGUUUAAAUACUAACAACAACAAUAACAACCUUCCCCCAGAACCUUUUACACCAUCUCUAAUCCACUCCACGACUCCAGCAACAUCCCGAAACAACAUCCACCACGUGACUCCAACUACCAGUCCAUCAAAAUCCUCCAACAAAGAAAAUACAAAAUCAAAAAGUGCUAGCGAACCCGAACGAGAACGCGAGAUGUUUAGGUUUCCAAAAUCGUCCACGGACGGUGCCUUAAGCUCGGUUCUACACGUUCAAGAAUCUAAUUUAAGCUCGGACGAUUUCCACGAAGCUUUAUUUUUAUUGGAAAGAUCACCCAAGACUAGAGAUUCGAAACGGCGUAAGAAAUCGAAGAAGAAAGAUGAAAGAAAGGAGGAAGCCAGUUCGGCUUUGUAACUAAAGACUGUACUUAGAUAUGCGCUCAGGCGCGUUUUUGUGAUACAACUUUUCGUAUAAUUAGUGUAUUUCGAAGACAAUUAACAAAUAUUUUGUGUGUUGUGUAUUACGUAUUGAAACAAAUUAAGCAAAAAAUGAAAAUCUUGUAAUUGAACUCACAAAUAUGUUUAACUACGUUAUAUUAUUCAUAUUUAAGUUUGUUGGGUCUAAUAGUAAUAAAGAAAUGUAAUUAAGAAAUUACAAAAACUAUUGGAAAUUGUUAAUACAUUUUCUUUUAUAUGGUAUUAAAUCGAGAAAGUAACUAAACAGUAAACAAAUCGCUUAAGGAUCUUGAUUAACUCUUACUCCAAGUAUGUAACGUUGCACAAAUUUUACGAUGAAUGUCAAAGGAAUGUCUUAUAACUUAGAUAUUACAUGUUAAGCGAUGUAUCAAUGAAAAAUCAAGUAUAAUGAGUGUAUGUGUAAAACUUAAACAUGGAAAUAAAAAUAUAUUAGAGGUAUUCAGGCCUAACUCAAUAUUAAUUAUUACGAAUAGACGAUUCAUUUCGACUGGGUUUACAUAUACAAGAAAAAAUUUAUUACUUUUUUAUAUAUAUUUUUAAGUAGUUGUAGAUUUAUACCUAAAUAGAACUGAAAACAAUUUGUUUAUUCUACACACCGAAGGAAAAGAAAUGUUAAAAUAUUUAACUUAUGGCCAAAAUUUAAAUUAUCAAAUAAAAAUUAAUGGGAGAAGGAGUAAGAGAUGGAAGAAGGGUAUUUAUUAAAAUAUAAACUCGUAAGACACUUUAAUCUUUAAUUUUUGCAAUAAAUUUCAUCCGUUUUAAUUCCACUUGAUAAAAAAUAUGUGACGAGUUUAAUUUUAAAGAAUACUUUAUUUCUGGUAUCGUUUCAAUAAAAAUCGUAAUUACUCGGAAUGAAAGUGCACAUUUACGCAGAAAAACUCUUGUCGUGCCAUUUUGUUGUAUGUCCUUUAGUCAUGUAACAACAAAAAAAAAUGUAAACUGAUUGUGAUUUUUUUAGUAAAUAAAUUAUUUAAUAAUG